AUGCCUGUCAUUCAUGUUGAAAAUGAUGAAACAUUUUUAAAUCAUUUAAGCCAUAAUGGAAUUGUUGUUGUUGAUUUUACUGCCAGUUGGUGUGGACCUUGUCAACGUAUUGCACCGGUAUUUGAACGUUUAUCACAAGAAUAUUCGGCUCGUGGUUUAAAAUUUUUAAAAGUUGAUGUUGAUGAAUGUCCGGAUACAGCACGUAAUAAUAAUGUACAGGCAAUGCCAACAUUUAUUUUCUUUAAAAAUUUGGUUGCUAUUCAUCGUAUGCAAGGUGCUGAUCCAACAAGUUUAGAAACAAAAAUACGUGAACUGGUUAAUUCACAAGAAAAUAUGGCUACAGCAUUAGCUGAAUCUGGUGUUGCCGGUUUUAUGGAUUUAUCAUCAUUCAUUAAUAAAUCACAAUCCGAAUGUUUGAAUGAAUGUGAUAAAAAUAAUCUUGGUCAUGCAUUAUUACCCGGUUCAGGAUUUUAUCUACAAUCUGAUUGUGAUGAACAACUAAUUAUAAAUUUGGCAUUUAAUCAACCGGUAAAAAUUCAUUCGCUAAAAUUAACAGCACCAGCAUCAAAUGGUCCAAAACAUUUGAAAUUAUUUAUUAAUCAACCACGUACAUUAGAUUUUGAUCAAGCAAGUACAAUGCAACCAAUUCAAACUAUUGAUGUUCAAGUUGAUGAUUUGAUUAAAUCAAAUCCGAUACCAUUACGUUUUGUUAAAUUUCAAAAUGUACAGAAUUUAAUUAUAUUUGUUGAAAAUAAUCAAUCAGGUACUGAUUGUACACGUAUCGAUAAUAUACAAUUAAUUGGUCAAACAGUAAGCAAUACAAAUAUGUCUGAAUUUAAACGUAUUGCAGGUAAAAAAGGUGAAAGUCAUUAAUUGAAAAAAAUGAUAAGAAUAACCAUGCAAAACAUUGUUUGCACAACAAAAAUGUA